CUCCGCCCUCCGGCUUCCUCCGGCCGCGCUCCGCAAGGCGCUGAGCCGCCGCCGCCGCCGGGAUGGACCGAGCCCGGCUCUUCGUGGCUCUCGACGUCCUCUGCCUGCUGGUCGCAUCUCUGCCCUUUGUUAUUUUGAGCCUCGUGAACUCCCCCUACAAGCGUGGAUUCUAUUGUGAUGACAACUCCAUCCGGUACCCGUACAAGACGGACACCAUAACUCACGGGCUGAUGGCCGGUGUCACCAUCACCUGCACCACAGUCAUUAUUUCACUUGGCGAGGCGUAUCUCGUUUACAGGAAAUGCCUGUACUCCCGGUCGGAGUUCAACAAUUACGUGGCUGCCCUCUACAAAGUGCUGGGGACUUUCCUUUUCGGGGCAGCUAUCAGCCAAUCGCUGACCGACAUAGCCAAGUACAUGCUUGGGCGCCUGCGGCCAAACUUCCUGGCCGUCUGCAAUCCCGACUGGUCGAAAAUAAACUGUUCGGAGUUUGUGCAGCUGGAAGCCGUGUGCCAGGGAGACCUCAAGAAUAUCACAGAGUCCAGGUUAUCAUUCUAUUCUGGGCAUUCCUCGUUCGGAAUGUAUUGCAUGGUGUUUCUGGCGCUCUACGUCCAGGCCCGCCUGGUGGAGCGAUGGGCCCGGUUGGUGCGCCCGACGGUCCAGUUCCUUCUCAUCUCCUUCGCCAUCUACGUCGGCUACACCCGAGUGUCAGACUAUAAGCACCACUGGAGUGACGUUCUGGUGGGCCUCCUCCAGGGGGCGCUGAUCGCUGUCCUCGUGGUCCGCUACGUCUCAGACUUCUUCAAGCAGCGCUUCGCUGUGAGCUGCAUGCGAGGAGAAAGAUCGCCUUCCCGGCCGCAAAACUCCAAGCAUCCCCCCCUGAUGCUCCGGGUGAUCCAGGAGCACAACUACCAUUUCUUACAGCUUUAUCGGGCAUCUACCUGAACUGCGGGGGGAAGCAGGGCCAAUUCUGCUGGUUGCCCCGAUGCUUCUUUUGAGUGCUCCCCUGGAGGGGUUUCCGGAACUGGUGUGCAAAGUUUUUACUGUUUAUUCUCCCCCCCACCUUUUUUUUUCUUUUUUAACAACUUGCUCUGAAGCUUCAAAGCCCGGUGACUACACGGCGCCUUUCCUGCCCUCCAAAAUUCUUGCGCAACCCCCACCCAAAGGGCUUAACGCUUCACCGAACGCAGCGGUUUCGUAGAAUGCUUGGCGCGCGUGCCUUUUGCAUCCUUGCCAAAGGAAAAGUCUCUUCCUGGGGAUAGGGCGGAGCGCGGGUUGUCUGUCUGUUUCUUUUUCAAUCCGGCUCAGCCUUUAGUACAGGUGCGUGCGUGAUCCACAAAUGCUAACCCUUACGUUCACGCCUGCCAGUACUGCUGUUCUGAAGGCAGGAAUUCAGGCUUGGAGAUAUUUUCUGGAUCCUCUGGCAACCCCGGCGUAUGCGGGUCUUUUGCAGUGAAACACACCUUGGAGAAUCGGGCACUUACCUGCCACUACGUGCUGUAGUGUGAAAAGUUCCGUGUAGUGCUCAAGGUACGGACUUGUAUCUCCACAGGCUCGAUUCAUGAGAAUCUUUGUUCUGAAUAGAAACAGAUGGACCGUUCAGGAGCCGCAGGUUGCAAAUCCCUGGACCAUGUGAACGGGGACCACGCGGGACUUGGCUUGCCUCCCUGGCAACAUCUGAUCGGGGUUGUACAGUGGGAGAGAACACAAGGGAAAUGGCAUUUACGACUGGAGUGAAAGGAGGCGUGAUUUUGUUUGGCCUUUGUAAGAAUAAAACUCUGCAGCCCGCUUUCAAACGUUUCCAGCUGCGGUUUCUGAGCAGUGGAGAUGGAAGCUGAGGAAUAUUCAAUAAAAACAAAUUGGAAAAAUCUUAAAA